AUGGACCGCACGGUGGUGCUCAUCACCGGCUGCUCCUCGGGCAUCGGCCUGCACCUGGCCCUGCGACUGGCGGCAGACCCUUCCCGGAGCUUCAAAGUGUACGCCACUUUGCGGGACCUGAGCACGCAGGGCCCGCUGUGGGAGGCAGCCGGGUCCCAAGGGUGCCCGCCCGGCUCCCUGAAGACAUUGCAGCUGGACGUGCAGGACGCGGACUCCGUGGCUGCUGCCAGGGCACGUGUGACGGAGGGCCGCGUGGAUGUGCUGGUGUGCAACGCGGGCCGGGGCCUGCACGGGCCGAUCGAGGUGCUCCCGGCGGAGGCCGUGGGCUCCGUGCUGGACGUGAACGUGGUGGGGCUGGUGCAGAUGCUUCAGGCCUUCCUGCCGGACAUGAAGCGCCGCCGCUCCGGACGCAUACUGGUGACGGGGAGCAUGGGAGGCCUGAUGGGGCUGCCCUUCAACGCCGUCUACUGUGCCAGCAAGUUCGCCAUCGAAGGUCUGUGCGAGAGUCUGGCCGUGCUGCUGCCGCCCUUCGGGAUCCACGUGAGCCUCAUCGAGUGCGGCCCGGUGCGCACCGCCUUCCAGGCCAAAGUGCAGGACGGCCUGGCCGCGGUGCUGGACGGCGCGGAUGCCCAGACCCGAGACCUGUUCUCCCGGUACCAGCGCCACUUCGAGCAGGUCUUCCGCGAGGCGGCGCAGGACCCCGAGGAGGUGACGGAGGUCUUCCUCACCGCCCUGCGCGCCCCGCAGCCCGCGCUGCGCUACUUCGCCUCGGAGCGCAUCCUGCCCCUGGUGCGGCUGCGCCUGGCCGACCCCGGCGGCUGCAGCUACGUGGCCGCCAUGCACCGCGCCGUGUUCGGGGACCAGCCCGCCCAGGGCCCUGAAGGCGCUCCGGCGAAGCCUGGAGCGGGACAGCUAGGGGGCCCCGAGUCGGGCGCGCCUCCAGCCGCCCCGAAAUAA